CCUGCCUUCCUUCCUUUGCUUUCCCUGUGCUGUAGAUCGCUUUUCCUUCUUCUUUUCUUUGUUUGGAGAUUGUGUGUCCACCUUUAAAACCCUCAAGACCCACCUCACCAAGCGCCACUUACCAAGUUGCUGUUUGCUUUGCUCUCAGUCUCUCACUCUCAAGCUACCAACUGCAGCAAUUUUUCCUGAAAGUUUAAGUCGAUGGAGCAUGGAGACAGUUCAAUUUCGAAGGCAUCUCGGAAAAGAAGGUCGUCUCAAGAAAAGGACGGAAUUUUAGGCUUCUCCAUGGAUGAACUACAUGAAGACAUCCUAGAGAGGGUCCUUUCAUGGUUACCAACUUCCACAUUCUUACGCCUUGGUUCAGUGUGCAAGAGAUGGAGAUCUGUUGCAUCUUCUACAAGUUUUAAGCUUGCUUGCUCAGAGAUUCCUUCUCGGGAUCCUUGGUUUUUUAUGGUGAAUAACUGUCUGAACCAAUCGGUUGUCUUUGACUCCAAUGAUAGAAGUUGGAAAAAACUUAAUCAUCCUGCUCUCCUCAUGGAAGACUUCAACAUUGACUCAAUGCCUGUUGCAGCAUCUGGAGGCCUAGUUUGCUUCAGGAAUUUCUCUGGAAACUUCAUUGUGUGCAAUCCAGUGACAGGUUCCUGCCGUGAACUCCCUCCACUGAAUCCAUCCCUGCAAGAUAAGUCUCUCCAUGCCAUUUCAAUGAAUGCAAAUUCCAACUACAGUGGCUUGUACAAGCUUGUUUUGGUAUGUGGUGAGCUCCCAAAACUCUCAUUCAAGGUCUACAAUUGCAGUACUGAUUCCUGGGAAGAAAAUGUGAAUUUGAAGAGAAAGGUUAAUGAUAGUUCAGAAUAUGACUCAAAUGAAGAAGAUGCAGUCUAUUUCCUUAGUAAAGGAGGAAAUGUAAUGACAACCAACUUGCAGAGAAGCCCAUCCAAGCAGUACUCAUCAGUUAUCACUGUUAAAGAUGGCAAGGAGACUGUGUACUUCCUCAGCUCCUCAGGGACAGUUGUGGCUUGCAAUCUGACCCACGAGUGCUUCUCCGAAUAUCCAAGGCUGUUGCCUGGUUAUUCAGAGUACUCCAUUGAUUUGGUAGAAUGUAAAGGGGAAAUGCUAGUUGUUGUGUUAUCAGAAUUCUUGGAGAGUGCCAGCCUUCGAGUAUGGAGUUUUGAUGAGAAAACCAGGUCUUGGCACCAUAUUGCAGCAAUGCCUCCGGCAAUGUCACAAGAGUUCUAUGGCAAGAAGAUGGAUAUAAACUGUGUUGGCUCCGGCGACAGGAUAUUCAUCUGCUUAAGCUCUGCCGAGCUUUGUAGCUAUGUUUUAUGUGAUCUGGUGACCAAUAAAUGGGAUGAACUGCCCAAAUGUUUCAAGAAUGGGGAAGCACUAGAGUUCAUGUCUGCAUUCUCCUUCGAGCCAAGGAUUGAAGCUUCUGUAUGACACGAAAACAAUGUUGGAAUGUGCAGAAAUUUAUCCAGGAGAUGUUGAUUUCCAUAUGUGAUUCCUAUUUUCUUUUUCCUUUUUUUGGAAAUUUUCUCUCUUUUUUUUUUUUCCUUUUAAUUUCUUCUGAUUUUCUUGUAUUCUUUAGAACCAUUUGUACUGAUUUUCUUUCUCUUUUGAAUUAUUUACUGUAAUCAAAUCCCCAAUAAAUUAAAUUUUUAUCU